GCGAGGACCAGCUGCCAGCAGCACACUCAGGCUGCAGGCGACAAGGAAAAGAUCCUCAUUCAGUGAAGACACACGACGCUGACGCAUAUUUUCUUAAGAAUGAAGGAGCUCCAGCUCCUGUGUCUGCUUUUCUUUGGAGGUCAAGGGUCAUUUGCGUGCCCCCACCCCUGCGCCUGUCAUGGAAGCCAGGUGAACUGCAGCGGCAGGUCUCUCACCUCCUCUUGGCUCCCCGUCAGCUUCCCGGCAGGCACUACCGAGCUGCAUCUCUACAACAACCUGCUGACCACACUCCCAAACGGCCUGCUGGACAAGCACACCUCCCUCCGUCAUGUCUCCCUGCACGGCAACCCGUGGACGUGUGACUGCGGCGUGCUCUACUUGCGAGGUUGGCUUAGACGACAGCCGGUAGGGGGGCUCUCGUCCCACCUUGGCGUCAACUGCAGCUCCCCUCCUAGCCUGAGAGGGAGGCUGGUGGUGUAUCUGACCGAGGAGGAAGUUCUGGACUCGUGUCACUACUGGUACUGCGACCUGGCUUUGGCCUCGCAGGUGUGCCUCUUUGUGUUUGUGCUGGUGCAGGCCGCACUGCUUGUUGCAGUCAUCGUGUUCCUCAGGAGGUUUGAAAGACUCUCCAAGGUGGCCAGGUGGACCAAGGAGGAGAGCCUUACAGCUGGCGAGGCCCUUAUGGAAAAUGAGUAUAUGCGUGUGUAUAAAUGACCAUAACAGCUGAAAGUGCCCUGUUUUAAUACAAAUAUCAACUUUUAUAUACCAUAUAGAUCAGUGGUCCCCAACCACCGGUGCGGGGACCGGCACCGGUCCGUGACGCAUUUGCUACAGAGACAUUAAAUAAUUUAUAAACGAUCGCAUUUUCUCCCACUUAACUUUCGUCUGUCCCACGAGACACACCAAUAAUGUAUUAUAAAACUCCUGAUAGGAAGUCGCCAUUUGCUAUAUUUGUUACAUCUUUCUUGCAUGGGACAAUGCAAAAUAAUAAACAUAUAAAAUGUAAAGGUGCCAAAUUGUAAUCAAAAGCUAGGUUCCAUCUGCAGUCCGCGGCAGGUUGAUGACCUAAGAUUGAGUUUGAGUUGGAGUUUAUUUCGAACAUGCAAGCACACAACAUGAUACAUCACAAUUUUCAGUUUCUCUUUUCAACAGGUUCGAAAAGGAGUAGGAAGAAGCAGAGCUUAUUUAAUCUUACCCCUUUUCUUUUACAUAACAGUUGCUAAAACUUUUGUUCACUUCCUGUUCUCAAUUUAUUCACAAUAUACUCCAUAAGUAAUCACAAUAAUAAAUAAAUAAAUAAAUAAUAAUUGGUGAAGUAAGUUACAUUUCAUAUGAUGAGAUAAGUAAGAUUAUUUUGAGAAUGAAAGAAUGGAUGGAUGAAAUAAAUUCAGAAUGUUUAUCUUGGUUCUUCUUCUUUGUACUUUGUAAACACUUUAAGUUUGAAGAGUUUCUUGAAGUGGAUCAUAUUAGUAUUAGUGCAUACACUACCGUUCAAAAGUUUGGGGUCACAUUGAAAUGUCCUUAUUUUUGAAGGAAAAGCACUUUAAACUAGUCUUAACUUUAAAGAAAUACACUCUAUACAUUGCUAAUGUGGUAAAUGACUAUUCUAGCUGCAAAUGUCUGGUUUUUGGUGCAAUAUCUACAUGGGUGUAUAGAGGCCCAUUUCCAGCAACUAUCACUCCAGUGUUCUAAUGGUACAAUGUUUUUGCUCAUUGGCUCAGAAGGCUAAUUGAUGAUUAGAAAACCCUUGUGCAAUCAUGUUCACACAUCUGAAAACAGUUUAGCUACAAAACUGACCUUCCUUUGAGCAGAUUGAGUUUCUGGAGCAUCACAUUUGUCGGGUCAAUUAAACGCUCAAAAUGGCCAGAAAAAGAGAACUUUCAUCUGAAACUCGAGAGUCUAUUCUUGUUCUUAGAAAUGAAGGCUAUUCCACAAAAUUGUUUGGGUGACCCCAAACUUUUGAACGGUAGUGUAGUUUGAUUGCUCAGGGCGGAUCAGGAACAAAGUGACCAUAGUAGUUAAAGAUGGAGAAGUGCUAAAUUGUUGCAUAUAAUAAUUGUGCUGGAAGAAGAAAAUACACAUUUCCUUUGGCCUAGUAAGUUAAAGUGAUGGUAUACUCCUAUUACACAAGUAGUUAACAAUAACAGAUGUAUUUACGCAUGGAAAAUUGGAGCAAAAUAAGAUAACAUUAGUGUGUCUACGUAUGAAAUAUUGCACAAAAUAUGAAUACAUAACUUUUAGAAUGGAAAUAGACAGACAUCUAUUGUAACCAAUGGCAAGUAUUUCUAGCUUUCUUAUAUAUCCAUGCUCUUGUCCUUGAAUGUGAUGUAUCACCUAUAACCCAUCAUAUAAUAAAGCCAAAACAAAGCCUACUACUAGCAAAAAUAAGUACAAAGCAAAAGUCUAUGGAGGGUUUUUUUGCAAAGGCAAAAGGCCAGGGGCUCCCACUAAUUAUAAAUGAUAAAUGGGUUAUACUUGUAUAGCGCUUUUCUACCUUCAAGGUACUCAAAGCGCUUUGACAGUAUUUCCACAUUUACCCAUUCACACACACAUUCACACACUGAUGGCGGGAGCUGCCAUGCAAGGCGCUAACCAGCAGCCAUCAGAGGCAAAGGGUAAAGUGUCUUGCCCAAGGACACAACGGACAUGACUAGGAAGGUAGAAGGUGGGAAUUGAACCCCAGUAACCAGCAACACUCCGAUUGCUGGCACAGCCACUCUACCAACUUCGCCACGCCGUCCCUCAAUUCAACAUUUUUGGGUGAGUAUUUUCAUGUAUUCAUUUUUUAUGCACUUAUUUGCUAUACAUGUAUUUAUCCGCCACAUGUGGAAAGCCGGUCCCUGAAAAUAAUGAAAUUAAAUCGGUCCCUGGUGCAAAAAAGGUUGGAGACCCCUGAUAUAGACCAUAUUUUGUGUAAAUGUAUCUUUACUCAAUGUGCUAAUUCUCGGACCGGUACCAGUCCGUGAUGCAUUUGCUACCGGUCCGCACAGAAACAUUAAUUAAUUUAUAAACUACCGCAUUUUCUCAGACUUAACUUUCGCCUGUCCCACUAAACACACCAAUAAGCCUGUUAAUAGAUGUAUAUUACAACUUAUAGUACAUGGGACCAUGCACAUCAAUGGACAUAUAACAUUUUAAUGUGCCAGAUUGUGGCCAAAGGCUAAUUUACACGUAGAAAGCCGGUCCGUGAAAAUAAUGCAUACAUUAAACUUUUUUUAAUUCAUUGGGUGUGUGAUCAAAAUAUUUUUUUGUCAAUUUUUGUCAAAUUAUUUUUUUACCCAAACACAAAGUCACUUACUGUUUUUGUUUUGAGAGUACCUUAUUUUAAAUUUUCUAUAGAAAUCAACUUACUAUAAUAAUAAUUGUAAUAACAAUGAUCAUCAUUAUUAUUUGUGAUGCCAACCGAUUUCAAUUCACUCAAACACAAAAACUAAAUCCUUUUUAAAUCAUAAUUUAUUUAAAUUAAAGCGAG